AUGGAAUGCCCAACUGAAUACCCCUUCUUCCGUGCAUCCGACGCCUUCAUCUUUCCCCGUGUCCUCCUCCGGCUGCAAAAUUUCAAACGCUCUGGACCCCUCGACCGUACUCGUCCCAUCCUUUCGGCCGCUGGCUCUCUACUCAACCAAGAUAAGCGCUACCUGAAUCCACCAGGCGGACUUCCACCUGGAGAAAGUGGCAAGUAUCAGCUCUACUGGCCUGACUUGAAGAGUGGCAAACCACCUGGAAAUGGCAGAGGCUACCGAGCGAACCUGGGCAUCGCAGAGAGGUGCAAGCUGGUGAGGAGAAAGACAGCACAAGAGGAACACGGCACGUCAGCGCAAGAACCUCAGCUUGAUCCUGCAGCAGGAGGAAGUGGCUCUGCUACGGCUCGAGCAGGCUACGAUAUCGGUCCUUGCUCGUCCACAGAAGACAGGAACGGCAACAGGCAGAGGGAGCAGUUGCCUGGCUCUCGAGCUGGCCGAUCCACGGACCAGCGCCACCCAAUAGCCUCGACACCUCCUCCCACCACUGGCAACCUUCCAGGACAGGGACCAUCGAAAGCUUUCACCUCUUUGAGUACCCUACGUACUAUCUCUCGCGAUCAAGCGCUAAGUCGCUCCAUCAGUGUCAGCUCCGACACCAACAGCAGCGCGAGCACCAGAUCUCCUACACCCGCCGUACCCUCAGGGUCGACUUCAUCAUCAUCGCCAGAACGAGAAGCUAUACCAUCGGCCGCUUCAGAGUCGUCUGCUACCUACCCGUCCUACUUGGCCAGAGCAAGUGCCCUCCGUCUGUGCAUGAAGCGCUAUCAGGAUUUGCCCAAAGAGGAGAAGGAGCGUCGACCCCUCUACAAUCCACGUAGCACCGACAAGCUUAACCCGUAUAAGCACUUCAAGCCCACUCAAUACCAAGCUGCCCUUCGAGCCUCUCAUCAAUACAUGAUGAGACACAUCGAUGCCCUCUCCCCUGGACGUCGUCUUGCCUCGCCUUCUGUGCCUCCUGGUACUGUACCACCCUCACCUCGUCCCUCCAACUCCUCCAGGCGAUCUCUGGCUAGCUCCUCAGCAGCCCGUAAUGCUCGUCGACGUCAACGCAGAGCUGAGCGGAGGAAUGGGGGAUCUUCUUCAUCUCCAGUCGUUCAUCUUUCCGAAUCCCAGCCAGACUUCGAACUCACCUGCAACUCCACCACUAUCUCAAGCUCGAGACCAAGCGUAGCAAGUACCUUCUACGAAGACGCCUUCAUCGUCCCACCUGCCUUCCUCACCGCCAUCAAACGUCUUGAUGCUCGUCUGCGCCAUAUCGCUUCUGAUCUGGGGUGUGAAUAUGAGGAACGUUGGCCUGUCUUUGUCCCUGUAUGCAGGGUCGAGAUGUUGAUGUUGAUUCAGAUGGGACAGAUUGCAGAUGCAGCUUCUGAAGUGUUGAAGUUCGAAGCUGAUGGAAGGUUGCAUCGGCCCUUGUCCGACUUGGAACACGAUGAGGACGAAGAAGAGGAUGAGGAUGACGCUAUCGUCGCUGCUGGGAGGCAGAGACAGACGUCGAAGAAGAGGAAGAGGCCAAAUCAGGCGGUAAGACGCAGAGGAGGCAGACGCCCACUGUCUGACUCCAUCUCAGGAAGUCCUGUCGCCAACGACGAUGACGAAGAUGAGGAGUACAGCCUUGCCGACCUCGAGAUGUACGAUUCUGACGAUCCAUCUGGAGGACUGAUGGACUUGAACGAGCCCAGUCUGCCAAGCAAUCCUUCCAUCGAGGUCCAACGCGGAGGAAGAGUUGGAGGCCGACAGAGUCCAUCCUUUGCGACUCUGCGUAGUGGUGAUGCCAGUGCAAGCGGUAGCGGCAGUCGAAGAGCUUUCCAUUUCGACAAUAGUAGGAGCAUGUCUCGGGAUCAGCGGAACGACACUCUCCGGUCCACCUCCAGUCGGCGCCACAAUGAAGUUGAUCACACGCGCAACAGGGACAACGUCUCUGAUGCGAGUCUGAACUCCAGCCAUCAAGAGGGACCCGACAUGCAGCUGAGUGCGGCGCAAAAGGCUACGAUGUACCUUCAAGGCGGCUUGUGGAGAAUGCUGAAAGCAGACGUGUACUCUGAUGAGGGACUGUGGGAAUGA